GUCUUUCUGCACUUCAUCCAUCGCUGUCAAAAGUAACAAAACAGAAUGUCAGCUGUAAACAAAGUAAAUUUUCUGCUGCAGGCAGCCAGCAUAUUUCCCCCAAAUGGACACGCAAAUCAACUACUUAAAUCUCAUUAUCUGUCAACAUCGCGUGAAGUGGCGCAAAAAGAAUUAGAGUUACCAAAAAAGGAAUUCGGCGAGACGAGGAUGUGUCAGAAGUGCUCAUCGAUUUGGUUGGAUGGCAAUUUGAAAUUGCAUAUCAAAUCGAAGAAGUUGCGGAGGCCAAAGCAAAAAAAGUUGGUUACUAGGGCGGAGGCGGGCGACGUGCUCACCAGACAGCAAAAAUCCAAGGCCAAGUGGCUCAAGAAAAAUUCACUGAGCAGGGUGGAAAUCACCUGUUUAUUGUGCAAACAUAAAACAAAAUUACAUCUUGACAAACCCAAAGUAUCAAAAGACUCCACUCCACUACCAUCUGCGCCACCAUCCACGCAGGAAACUUUAGAUUCGUCAUCAUCGUCUUCACUAAGGAAACCAACCAAAAAGAGAAAGAAAGAUAAAUUUGCAGGACUUAAUCCCAGUGCAUUCAAUCAGGCAUCAACUAGUAGUAGCAAUUCAUCUAAUCCUAGUGCAGUCAUAUCCAACAAACUAACACCUUGCACGUCGUCUUCAAAUACUUCUCAAAAUCCUGCAAAAUCAUCUUCAAAGUCAUCGAAGAAAUUGAAAAAAUCUGAUAAUAAGAUUCUUCCACUGUCGAAUAGCAUCAAAAAGGCCAAAAAUAAGAAAGGAAACGUUCAAAAUCCACCGAAACAGGUAUCGAAAACGCAACAGAAGAAUACGUUACUGCAACUGGCGCAACUUUUAAAAUCGGGCGCCAGUUUAUCGAAUAAAAAACCGAAUCCUUUAGAAAAUUUAUUACGAUAGUGUUCGAUCUAUUUGGAAAAGAUCUAAAUCGAGUUUAUCAAUCGCUUUUAAAGAGUAGACUAUACAAAACAAUAGAACGAUGUAAAUACACUUCCAGAAUUAAGUAAAAUACUAAAAAAGUUCAAUCUAUUAUCUAUAAAUGUUGAUCAUCGUGUGUUUCUGAAUCAUGUAAUAAAUAAAUCGUAUAAAUAA